AUGCCCCCGUUCCGCCUCGACGGCAAGCGCGCGCUCGUGACCGGCGGCACGAAAGGCCUGGGCGCGGCGAUCGUGCGCUCGCUCGCGACCGCGGGCGCGAAGGUGCACCUGUGCGCGCGCACGCGCGCGGACGUCGACGCCGCGGUGCGCGCGUGGCGCGCGGACGGACUGACGGAGGUGUCGGGAAGCGCGUGCGACGUGACCGAUCCGAACGCGCGCGACGCGCUCCUUCGCGACGUGCGCGCGCGCUUCGACGGCGAGCUCGACAUCCUCGUGAGCAACGUCGGGUUCAACAUCCGGAAGCCCACGACGGAGUUCACGUCCGCGGAGUAUCGCGCGCUCAUGGACGCGAAUCUCGAGGCGUCGUUCGCGCUGUGCCAGAUCUUCCAUCCUCUCCUGCGCGCGGCGUCCUCCGCGUCCGUCGUCUUCAACAGCAGCGUCGCGUCGCUCGUGAGCAUGCAGAGCGGCGCGGUGUACGCGAUGACGAAGGGCGCGAUGAACAUCCUGACGAAGUACCUCGCGUGCGAGUGGGCGAGGGACGGCGUGCGCGUGAACGCGGUCGCGCCGUGGUACAUCAACACGCCGCUCGCGCGAGCGGUGUUGAAGGACGAGAGGUAUAAAAAGCACGUCGUCGACGCGACGCCUGCGGCGCGGGUGGGCGAGCCGAGGGAAGUGGGCGACGUCGUCGCGUUCUUGUGCAUGGACGAGGCGAGCUACGUGACCGGGCAGGUGCUCGCGAUCGACGGCGGGUUCAGCGUGAACGGGUGGAAGCCGCCGGCGGCGAAGCUGUGA